CAGAGUCAGAAGGGCGCGCUUCUCAGGGCGGGCGCAGUAGGAGGUGCACCAUGCCGGGUAUGGUGCUGUUCGGCCGGCGCUGGUCCCUGGCCAGCGACGACCUGGUGUUCCCCGGGACUUUCGAGCUGUUCCUGCGUGUGCUGUCAUGGAUCGCCAGUCUGACGUUGUAUCUCGUGCAUAGGAGGAAGCUGGACUGUCCUGGUGGGGCCUUGCUCAGCACCUACUUGAUUGUUCUGCUUGUUCUCCUGGCAGUUAUCAUAUGCACCGUGUUGGCCAUGGUGUGUGUCAGCAUGAGAGGAACCAUUUGUAACCCUGGACCUCGGAAGUCUAUGGCUAAGCUGCUUUAUGUCCGCCUGGCGCUCUUCCUGCCAGAGAUGGUCUGGGCUUCUCUGGGGGCCUUCUGGGUGGCAAAAGGUAUCCAAUGUGACAAGACAGUUGUGAUUGGCAUCAUCACCACCGUCAUUGUCAGUUGGAUUGUCAUGGCUGCCACCAUGGUCACCAUCUUCAUUGUCUUUGAUCCGCUGGGCGGCAUGACAUCUCCACAUCCUCUGGGCUGCCCCGAGCACCUGGACAGUAACAGCUCAAACCAGCUGUUGACUGGCCUGAAGACAGCGGCCAAAAGCGUGUGGGAGACCAGAGUGAUGUUCUGUUGCUGCUGCGUGGUGCAGGACGAUAACGCGAGGGUCGCUUUUUCCAGCACGGCCGACCUUUUCUCCACUUACUUCUCUGACACAGACCUGGUGCCCAGUGAUAUUGCAGCAGGCUUCACCCUUCUCCACCAGCAACAGGACAACAUCAGCAACAGCCUGGAGCCUCAGGAGGUCGUCACCCACUUUCCAGGGCAGUCUCAGGAAGCCGACUUGGAUGCCGAAGUGGAGAACUGCCAUCACUUCAUGCCGUUUGCAGCAGCCGCCUAUGGAUGGCCCCUCUACAUCUACAGAAACCCGUUCACAGGGCUCUGCAGGAUUGGUGGCGACUGUUGCAGAAGCAGAGAGACGGAGUAUGAUGCAGUUGAAGGGGACCAGCACAACUGCCACUUUGCCUCCAUCCUGAAGACGACCGGGCUGCAGUACAGGGACUUCAUUCACAUCAGCUUUCAUGACAAGGUCUAUGAGCUGCCCUUCAUAGUGGUUCUGGAUCACAGAAAGGAGGCCGUCGUGGUCGCUGUGAGAGGGACCAUGUCUCUCCAGGAUGUCCUGACUGACCUGUCUGCAGAGAGUGAGAACCUCGAGCUGGAUGCUGAGCUGCAGGACUGUGUGGCCCACAAGGGAAUUGCUCAAGCAGCCAGAUACAUUUACUGCAGACUGGUCAAUGAUGGGAUUCUGAGCCAAGCCUUCAGUGUCGCCCCGGAGUACCGGCUCGUUCUGGUGGGGCACAGCCUAGGAGCCGGAGCUGCGGCCCUGCUAGCCAUCAUGCUCCGGAGGGCCUACCCACAAGUCCGUGCUUAUGCCUUCUCGCCACCCAGGGGGCUCCUGAGCAGGUCCCUCUACGAACACUCCAAGGACUUCAUCGUGUCACUCAUCCUAGGAAUGGAUGUCAUCCCCAGGUUAAGUGUGACCAACAUGGAGGACCUGAAGAGAAGGAUCCUGCGAGUGAUCGCUAACUGCAACAAGCCGAAGUACAAGAUCCUGCUGCAUGGCUGUUGGUAUGGACUGUUUGGAGGAAACCCUGAUAACUCUCCAACUGAACUGGACGAGGCCAACCAGAGAGCCCUGACUCAGCCUCUUCUUGGGGAGCAGAGCCUGCUGACUCGAGGCUCCCCGGGCUACAGCUCCAGUGACUCCCCACUGGACUCCCCCACCAAGUACCCACCUCUGUACCCACCUGGCAGGAUCAUCCACCUGGAAGAAGAGAGCGGUUCGGGGAGGUUUGGCUGCUGUUCUGCUGCCCGGUACAGGGCAAGGUGGGCACAUGAAGCCGAAUUUGGCAAGAUCCUGAUAGGCCCAAAGAUGCUGACUGACCACCUGCCUAACAUCGUCAAUCAGGCGCUGGACAGAGUAGUCGCGGACAGAACAGCCUGUGUCUCCUGCCCGGGACAAGGGGGCCCUCCUGCAGCUGUGGCCUAACCCCGCUCGUGGACACUCCCCAGCACAGUGGGCUUGCGCUCCCCCUCCCUUUAGACUUACUGAAUGUGAGUGGCUUCUGUGAGGCGGUGUGGUGGUUCCUGUCAACAGUGAGCUGGUGGGUCCCUGUAGAAUGGGCAACAGUAUGACCAUACAAUUCAUAGAAACUUUUUUCUUAAGACAGCGUUUCUAUGGAGCCCUGGCUGUUCUGGAACUCCAUCUGUAGACCAGGCCAGCCUCAAACUCAGAGAGCCAACUGCCUGGGAUUAAAGGCAUGCGCCGCCACCAUCAACCUAUAAAACCAUUUUUAACCACAGUAUUACUAGGAUCAGGAGUCGGGAACACGCAGAGGUGUUAGGACUUCUGGGACAGUUUGUGGAGCAAGCCUCCUUUAGCUACCUGAGAACUCCACAUAUGAAGACCCUUGGUGAAUCUCUAGCACUUCAACCUCUGCCAGGAACCCAUCCCAUUGUUUACAAGUCUGACUCUAAGACGACAGGUGUGCACUUUAUAGUCUUCGCCGGCGUUCGUGCGGCACUAAGGGCAGCCGGAGCGUCCUCUGAGCCACUGUGGCUCCAUUUGUACAACGUGAACUGACUGCUUAACUUUCAUGAAUGCUUAAUUCUCACAUUAUUCUAGCUCUGGAGCCAGGUGUUGGGCUCAGGAUUUUUUAAAAUAAAGUAAUUGAUACACCAUCA